AAUCUCUGUGUCUAACUCUCUAUGCACGCCUAUACGGAUAUAUGGUCGACUAUAAUAGUUUUCCCUUUUGUUUUUGAUUUUUUCCCCAAUUUUUUGUGUACUCAGAGGAAGAAGAUUAGAAGUUAUCAGUUCUCCUAGGGUUUGCUUUUCUCUGCUCAAUUUGAUAAUUUAAAUCAAUCGAUAUGGCUGCUCCACCAACUAGAGCUCGAGCGGAUUACGAUUACCUCAUUAAGCUUCUAUUAAUUGGCGACAGUGGUGUUGGUAAGAGUUGUCUCCUUUUACGUUUCUCGGAUGGCUCCUUCACCACUAGUUUCAUUACAACCAUAGGUAUUGAUUUUAAGAUAAGGACCAUUGAACUUGAUGGAAAACGGAUCAAACUGCAAAUAUGGGACACUGCUGGGCAGGAGCGAUUCAGGACAAUCACAACUGCAUAUUACCGUGGAGCAAUGGGUAUUCUGCUGGUGUAUGAUGUUACUGAUGAAUCAUCCUUCAACAACAUCAGGAAUUGGAUCCGUAACAUUGAACAACAUGCAUCUGAUAAUGUAAACAAGAUACUCGUGGGGAACAAGGCUGACAUGGACGAAAGCAAAAGGGCGGUUCCUACCUCAAAGGGUCAGGCACUUGCCGAUGAGUAUGGGAUCAAAUUCUUCGAGACUAGUGCAAAAACAAAUAUGAAUGUGGAGGAGGUCUUCUUCUCGAUAGGUAGGGAUAUAAAACAAAGACUGGCUGAAAGUGACUCAAAAGCCGAGCCUCAGACAAUUAAGAUUAACCAACCAGACCAGGCAGCAGGGGGUUCACAAGCCUCUCAGAAAUCAUCAUGCUGUGGCUCUUAAUAAACAACACGAGUUGCAGCGAAAAAGAGAGGUCAGGGUUUACGACAUCCACAGGGUAGUUAUGACGUCAUUAAGGUUUGGUUGUAUUUUUUCUCAGUAUUCUGAAUUUCAUUUACGGAUUUGUGUUUCUAAAGUUGUUCGAGAAAUAUCAAUUUAUACAUCGUUGUCAUUUUGUCGUGUU